ACUUCCGUUUCAUUUGUUGUCACUAUCUUGAUAAUUUUUCAGUGGUUCUCGAUGGUUCAUUUGAGUAUCUGAUAGUGAAGGAUGCAAGGGAUAUAGAAAGAUAGAGUCUUAGUGUAGUGUUUUUCCGUGUUAGACAGUUCAUCAGCUACAUGAAUCAUGUGAUACUUCUUAAGCAUAAGGCAUAAGCUUUAAAUGUUCUUUUUUUCAUAUGAGUGAUUAUAGGUUACAGAAGGUCUGAAAUCUAAAAAGCUGUGUUUCACUUGAAAUGCACCAUACUAAUCAAUGUAGCCAAAUUUGAUGAAGAAACAUGGAUGCGUGAAAACAUUACCUGAAAUCAUGAACCACAAGCCAUGGCUUUGGAGGAAAAAAUCUAUGGAGAAAACAAUCCUUGCAGUUGGCAAAGUUGUCAGUUCUUCUAAAACCAUUGAAGAAGAGGCACACAAACUUCCAACAAAUAAAGAAACUGGAUUGGAAAGAUCAUCAAAAAGUCUAAAUGAGAAGUUGGCAACAGUCCUACUUGAUUCUCAUUCUGGAGAUGACCCUUUAGCAAAACAAGCCCAAAAGCCCCAACAGGAAAUUAGAGGCAAUGACAAGACAAAACAGGAAGUAGAAUCUGUUGAAGACUUAGAAGAAGAAGCAUCUGCUGAGACUGUUACUCCAGCAGAUGCAACAUUGGAGGAACCUUUGCAGCCACCAAGCAGUGUUCAAGUCGAACAAGAGCAAAAGUUGAGUGGUGCCACUGCAAAGAUAUCAACAGAGCAUGAAAAGAUUCAGAGAGAUUUGGAAGAGAAGUUGAGGGAAACAAGUAAAAGGCUAGAUGACUUAACUGCUGAGAAUACACAUAUUGCUAAUGCAUUGCUAACCAAAGAGAAAUCAAUUGGGGAUCUGGUUAAAUGUAAACAAGAAGCAGAUGCCGAGUUUAGUACAUUGAUGGCUAGAUUAGACACCACAGAAAAGGAAAAUUCUUUCCUAAGAUACGAGUUUCACGUGCUGGAGAAGGAACUUGAGAUCCGGAAGGAGGAGAUGGACUAUAGCCGUCAGUAUGCAGAUGUCUCACAUAAACAGUACCUUGAGAGUUCUCAGAAAGCCUCAAAGUUAGAGGCCGAGUGUCAGAGACUACGUCUUUUGCUGCAGAAAAGAUCACCUGGUUCUGCUGGUUUGGGGAAUAUGAAGAAUGAAGUUGGAGUGGCGAGAAUAAGAAAGUCAAAUCCUUCCAGAGAAUUGAUGUACAAAAACAAUGAUGCCAGAAACUCUAGUAAUGUGUCUGAGAAAAGUUUCGGCUUAAUGACCAAACGCUUGCAAGAUCUGGAUGAGGAGAACAAGGCUCUCAAAAGAAUUUUAACCACAAAAAACUCUGAACUAGAAUAUUCAAGACUUAUGUACGCUGAAACAGCUUCCAGAUUAUCACAGGCUGAGAUUCUGCUUAGAAAGAUUUCUGAAAAUCAGAGGUCCAUGGAGCUGGUUAGGUGUUAUCCCACAUCAAAUGAACUUCCUUUGAUGUCAAAUUAUGAUAUUUAUAGUGAUGAUGAGGCUAUCUCUUCUGGAUCCUGGGCUAAUGCUCUUAUGUCGGAACUCGAACAUUUAAGAACUUCAGAGGCUAAAAUUCAUAAAAGCAGCAGAGCCACUGAAGUUUCAGACAUUAGUUUCUUGGAUGAUUUUGCCGAGAUGGAAAAAGGAGCUAUAGUUUCUAUUGAUACGCCUAAAAGGGGAUACUUCUCUGAUGUAAGUGGUAGGGAGCUAGUGUCAGUUAAACAAGAUCAUCUUGGCAUUAGUGAGAGGAAACAGGAGAUCCAAUUCAAACAUACAACAACAGAAAAAUCAUUUGACUGGCUUCAGAUUGUUUUGAAUGCAAUGUCGAAGGAGAAACACAUAUCGAAGCGAAGUCUUCACGAACUGUUUGAUGACAUAAAAAUUGCUUUGGAUUGUGUAAAUCAUCCAACUGCUUGUAAAUCUGAUACCGAAGCAGAAAGCAAACAACACUUCAAUUCUAAUUUGAGAAAGUCAGUCCACAGAAUUGUCAACCUCAUUGAAGGAAUUGCUCCAAAGUCAUUUAUGUGCAACAAUUGUCCAGAUUGCUUGGAGGAGAUUAAGCAUUCAGACAUAUCGCAAUCACCAACACCCAAAGACUAUUUUGUUCAUGUUUUCCAAUGGAAGGUUUCAGACUUAAAUCCUCUCCUGCACCAACUUGUUCACACCUGCAAAGAUCUGUUAACAGGGAAAGCUUAUUUUGAAAAUUUUAUCGAGGAAGUGGCAUUUGCUUUGGACUGGAGCAUUAAUAACAGUGUCACCUCCACAAAUGCUGCCAUUGCAAGGGAUAAGAUCAAGAAGCAAUUCAGCAGUCAUUUAUCACAAAAUCAAAGUAAAACAGAUGUUGAAGAUAAACAGUCUUCUCGCUUGCCCUCAUUUGCAUAUCCUGACGAACAGUGUGAACUCUUCAACACACAGAAUGAUCAGUGUGAUCUCCUUGAAGAGAUUAGAAAACUAAAAUAUGAUUUGAGGAGCACAAAAACUGCGAAGAAAGACUUGGAAGAAAAGCUGCUGUCAGUAACUGAUGAGAGUCAGAACUUAGCAAAACAAUGUCAAGAAGCACAAAAUAACAUCAAAGGUUUAGAAUCAGAAAUCGAGGCACUGAAAGAAUCCAAAGCAACACUAGAAGAUCAGAUUGAGAAACAGAAGAUUAUAAAUGAAGAUCUUGAUACACAACUUACAAUAGCUCAGACCAAAUUAAAUGACAUCUUUCAAAAGUUUUCGUCCUUAGAAGUUGAAUUAGAGGAUAAAAAGAACUCCUGUGAGGAUUUAGAAGCAACAUGUCUAGAACUUCAACUCCAGCUGGAAAGCAUUGCAAAGAAGGAAUCUCCAACAUAUGGCAAAUACGAAGUAGAAAAGAUAUAUCAAACUGGCUGGGAGAUCACAACAGCUUCAUCAAAGUUGGCAGAGUGCCAAGAAACCAUCCUAAACCUUAGGAAACAACUCAAGGCACUUGCUUCAUCUAAUGAAGUAGCAAUUUUUGACAAGGUUGUCUCCACAACUAAUACUAUGGCCAAUCCAACUCAGAAGAAGAACUUGAUCAAACGAUCCUCUCUACGCAAUCAAAUGCAAGCAGAGGAUGAAGCUAAAGGAGGGAUGCAUAAGUCUGUCCAAACUGAAGAAACUAAAAGCGAUAAAGAUGUGCAGAGGCCACCCCUUCUUCAAUCUGAAACCGAAAAAUCUCUGCCAAGUCCCAAAAGUCUCACUUCGGAGCAACAUGAUAGAAGCAAAACCACAGGCUCUUUGGCAAUUGUGCCAGGUAAGAAGCAAAUAGGCUUUGGUUUUCUGAGGAAGCUGCUGUCGAGACGAAAGAAAGGAAGGGGUAAGGGAACUAAGUUGUUAGCCAAAGCAUGAAUAAGAAUGAUCUUGGAGAGAAUGCGAAGACAUGCUUCUGGUGUAACAUGCUUUUGUCUUUUAUUAGAUUAGAUUCUGGUGGAACUUGUUUUUAUCUUGUAUUGGAGAUGAUUGAGGUUGGAGUUGAGACACAGAGUGAAAGAGAGGUUUGGUGCUGUAAAUAUAGCUGGUGUAAAUAAGUUCAUUGGCAUUUGAGAUUAAGCUGUGCUGAUUUAUGUUACGGUUGUUGUUUGCA